CCUCUUACCACCGCCUCGGAGGAAGUGAGAGAUGCAGCCGGUUCUGUUUUCGCCGACUCGCCCUCAGGCUUCGUCCCGCCGGGCCAGAGACGCCUCGAAGCAGGGCCCCUGGCGCUGCUCCAACUGCCCCAAGGAGUUUGCUCAGAAAGAAUAUCGGUACAAGCAUCAACAGCGUUGCAUUCAGUCGUCCCAACGACAAAAGUUAUCCAAGCAGAAGUCUUGCACAGCCUGCGCAGCCUCCAAACUGAGCUGUGAUCUGGGUACGCCGUCAUGUUCACGCUGCAUCAACAGGAACAAGACGUGCCGGUACGUCUCGGCCAGCAAUCCCAACGCCACGUCUCAGCAGAUUGAGGCAGCUCAACGGCCUCGUGGGCACCACAUUCGCGCCGAUUCGGGGCAGCCCUAUGAUAACAAUAGCGUUGUCGGAGAUAACUCAUCGUUGUCAAAUUACUCUACUCGUCGUCAAUCAGAGCUUGAGCUUGAAGCUGUCAUGCAGGACGCGGGGGAUCAGAGCCGCUCCUCUGCCACCUCGAACAGCCUAUCACUUGCAGCUCUCCAACAACAGCAAUUGUCUGUACCUACUUCUCACGGUAUAAAUAUCAACGGGUGGAAUGUGAACACGCAGACAAACAGACCAAGUGUUGGGUUUGGAGAUCCUACGCCAAGUCCGGGCCAGCUUGAGAGGGACAGCAUUUCAUUAUUUAACUUGACGAAUGAGGCGGAGGCCGCGUCUCGAUGGCAGCAAGAAAUACCUUGGUUCUCACAGAAUCCGUUUCUCUCCCCCGAACUACCUAUAUCGCCAGAGCUUGAAGACCCUAUGCAAGGAAAUGGCUUCACGGGAGCUUCCGAGGAUCUAAACUUUGAUCUCCUGGGCUCACUUGGAAUUUUGACUCAGAAUCGGAUCACACCAGGCCAGACAUCUCAACCGGGCGGAUUUUCAACCAUGCUGAAUACUCCAGUCUCAUCUGACGGCCACUAUCCCAGAACAGGAUCUAUUGCCAAACCCCACAGUAACCAACACUCUCCACUUGAUGUUGAGGCCGACACCGAACAAGGUAAGACUCUGCACGGUGCUGUCAAAGCUGCGCGUGGUACGGACUUGCCAAAUACGGCCGCAACGCGUCCGCAGUAUGGUAUUAGCCAAACCCUGCAGUCAUGUCCUUUCCACAGACUCCACAAAGACGAUGAUCUUAUCAAAAUGGUCAGCAACUACCCAAGUGUCAUGUUGCAACCAGGAGUAUAUCCCCCAUUUGUACAUCACAAGCUAUACCGAUGUUCUGCCGGCGACGUGGCAGAACCGCUAGCUAAGGCCUUUUGCUGUGUUGGGGCGUUCUACGCUUCUGUCCCUGUCAGCGAGACAUUUGUCUACUCGCUCAUAAAUGAGGAGACCAAUAAGCUUGUCAAAGGAUUUCAUCAAAUACCCCGUUCUGAUGCGGACAUGCUGGCGGUAGUCCAUGCCAUGUGUAUCUAUCAGAUCCUGGGGUUCUUUGUUAGCGUAAAUACAGAACAGACGCGUGCAGCCGAGUCACAGCAGAUGUUCUUCCUCAAGAUGACCAGACGUCUCGCCAAACAGUAUCUCCAAACCUCAACAGUCAAGGACGGAGAAGAGACCAAUUGGCGCAAGUGGCUCAUGGACGAGACAAUUCGCAGAACCGUUUUCCUUGUCAAUGCCAUAAAUACGCUUUCCUGCCGUAUUCAGAAGCAGGACCCGAACUACUUUGAGCCUCUAGACAAUGAUCUCAUUCACAACUUGACUCUCCCAGCACCUGAGGUUAUCUGGAAAGCCUCCUCGGCAGAAGAAUGGACUCUUGCCAAGUCUCAACUUCCUUCUGACGAUUUAGUGCGCACAAAGGUUACUAUUCGCCAGGCUGUUGAUCAGAUCAAGAAUUCAGAAAGACUUGGGGACCGAGGCACUCGAGCUAGCCAGCUACAGUUCGACGUGUUUGAUGACUUCACGAAGCUCGUCAUUGCUACAGCAGAUGUACAGUAGCAGAAUCUGGUAUUUUGCCUCCAAAGCGUAAAUUUUAGAGCGGCUCAUUUCGUCGAUAUAAUCCAUUAUGAUCCUGUCAAUGCUGUGCUUCUUAUGUUGAUGUUAAAUGGCAGCCUGAUGUCUGAAAGGUUACUUGGGAAUGACAG